UAGACUAUGCAGAGGAGGCUGUGUUACGCUUCUUAUUAGUCUCUCUCAUUCCUUUUCUGUCUCUCUUCCUCCAUUUUCCUCCCUCUCCAUUUUCUCUCUCUCUCUGUCACCCACCCUUCUGCCUCUUUUUUUGUCUUUUAUUGCACUUCUCAUUUUCCUAAACUACGGACUCUUCGUUGUUGUUCUUAUGUUUUCAUCCCCCAAACCCCGCUCCUUAUACCUUUGCAGCAGGAUACCUUCUCAACAGAAUUUAAACCAAAAUAUUGUGUUGUGAAGAAUUGGCUAAGGUUUUGCAAGUGACAGUGUGAGAAAAUAACAACAUACCUUUGACUGAAGCUGUUGACCUGAUGUAUCCAGAAUCAACCACGGACUCUCCAGCUCGACUUUCCCUAAGACAGACAGGCUCUCCGGGCAUGAUUUACAGUGCCCGAUAUGGGAGUCCGAAACGUCAGUUGCAGUUUUACAGAAAUCUUGGAAAAUCGGGACUGAGGGUCUCCUGCCUUGGCCUAGGAACAUGGGUUACCUUUGGAGGUCAGAUCACUGAUGAGAUGGCUGAACAGCUGAUGACUUUGGCCUAUGAAAAUGGAAUAAACCUCUUUGAUACAGCGGAAGUUUAUGCAGCUGGCAAGGCAGAAAUUGUAUUAGGAAGUAUCAUUAAGAAAAAAGGAUGGAGACGGUCCAGCCUUGUCAUUACUACUAAAAUCUUCUGGGGUGGAAAGGCAGAAACUGAGCGAGGGCUGUCCCGAAAGCACAUUAUAGAAGGAUUGAAGGCUUCUCUUGAGCGCUUGCAGUUGGAGUAUGUAGAUGUGGUGUUUGCAAAUAGGCCGGACCCAAACACACCUAUGGAAGGGGAUCCAUUUAGUUCUUCAAAAUCAAGAACAUUCAUCAUUGAAGAAACCGUGAGAGCAAUGACACAUGUAAUUAACCAAGGAAUGGCAAUGUAUUGGGGCACCUCACGAUGGAGUGCGAUGGAAAUCAUGGAGGCUUACUCAGUGGCUCGACAAUUUAACCUCAUCCCCCCAAUAUGUGAACAAGCUGAAUAUCACCUCUUCCAGAGAGAGAAAGUUGAAGUGCAGCUUCCAGAGCUUUUCCAUAAGAUUGGUGUUGGUGCAAUGACAUGGUCCCCUUUGGCCUGUGGUAUUAUUUCUGGUAAAUAUGACGCUGGGGUUCCUCCUUACUCGAGAGCUUCCUUAAAGGGUUACCAGUGGUUGAAAGAUAAGAUUCUAACUGAGGAAGGCAGACGACAGCAAGGAAAACUAAAAGAACUGCAGGGUAUUGCAGAGCGACUGAGCUGCACCCUACCUCAGUUAGCAAUAGCCUGGUGUUUAAGGAAUGAGGGAGUUAGUUCUGUGUUAGUGGGAGCCUCGAACACUGAGCAACUUCUGGAAAACAUUGGAGCAAUACAGGUCCUUCCCAAGUUAUCCUCAUCAGUUGUGCAUGAGAUCGAUGGUAUCCUGGGAAACAAACCAUACAGCAAAAAGGACUAUCGAUCUUAAUGAGGGAUUCAAAUGGGCCUGGACUGUUAUCUUUCAAAAAUAAUCUUCUUUGCCUGCUCAAGCUGUAACUGAAGUUAAUACCAGUAUGCUUCUGACGAAGGAAUUAAACUUCCGGUUCCUGAUGCUACAGAAAAGGAUCAAACAAGAAAAAAUAUACCACAAACCAGUGCUAACAAAGCUAAACUGGUUCAGUGGGCUGCCUGUUACCUUUGCUAAGUUUUUAAACUUUUUCUUUUCUUAAUGCAAAAAAUUACUGGAUUAAAAUUAACAUCAGAGUUGGCUGGUCUUCCCUGUGAUGAAAAACAUUAUUUUAAUGAGGAGCUGUUGCUGGAUAAUGAGUUGUUUGAUCAUGAAUAUAAAGUAUGGUACUCUGCUGGAGCCUGCAAUUCAUAGAUUUGACUGUAAUCUAAUUGCUUCUUAGGAAACCUAAUCAACUGAGGUUUUUUUCCCCAAAAGUAGUAUUGUGGGGUUCCAGAUCUGCACACUUGUGUAUAUGUUAUAUACAUGCGAUUUUAUAUAUAUAUAUAUAUAUAUAUAUAUAUAUAUAAAAAUAUACAUACAUAUAAAUAUGGGCCACAGGUUCAGUGGUGACCUUCCAGAUGUCCAUAACUGUUAAAGUGUCAGAGAUGCUGAUUUGAAGAAAACAUAAAAACAUAACAAUAUAACAUAAUCUUGAGGCACUAUUGAGCAUUGUGUCCUGACAACCGGCUGUAUAUAUGUGACAGUAACAGAGUUUGAUUUUACUUGCAAAGAACUUGUAGGACUGUAGAUUUAAAAUGAGCAGUGGCUCUUGACUGAUCUAUGCAUGAAUCGAUUAUAAUCAGGAUCCGUGUGUAUGUAUAUGCUGCUGAUCAUGUAAAUGCUAUGAAUCCAUGGGCUGUUUUGAAAAGAUCAUAUUACAAUAAAAAGAUUAAUAUUGGA